AGGAGGAGGCGGCGGGGGGCCGGCAGCGCGCCCUGGGCGCCUACUCGCCCGUGGACUACAUGAGCAUCACCAGCUUCCCCCGCCUGCCCGAGGAGGAGGCGGGCGCGCGGCCGAGGGCGGCCCUCCGCGCGCGGAAGGAGGAGGACGCGUUCCUGGGCGAGCAGGACACGGACCCAGACUCCUUCCUGAAGUCUGCGCGUCUCCAGCGCCUGCCCUCGUCCUCCUCGGAGAUGGGCAGCCAGGACGUGUCCCCUCUGCGGGAGACCAGCAAGGACCCAUUCUCCGGAGACUGCAGCUGCCGGCAGGACGGGCUGACCGUCAUCAUCACUGCCUGCCUCACCUUCGCCACAGGGGUCACCGUGGCCUUGAUCAUGCAGAUCUAUUUUGGGGACCCUCAGAUCUUCCAGCAUGGUGCCGUGGUGACGGACGCUGCCCACUGCACAGCCCUGGGCAUCAAGGUGCUAAACAAGCAGGGCUCCUCGGUGGAUGCAGCCAUCGCCUCAGCCCUCUGCGCGGGGAAUGUGAACCCCCACACAUCGGGCAUCGGAGGGGGUGGGGUGAUGCUGGUCCACGAAUCCGGAAGAAAACGGAGCCAGUUGAUCGACUUCCGUGAGGUGGCUCCCCUGGGCAUCCCACUGGAAGGGGACCUGCAGAAGGACACCAAGCCAGGUCUGCUGGUGGGGGUGCCAGGCAUGAUACAAGGCAGGCACCAGGCUCACCCGUUGCAUGGGAGGCUCCCCUGGUCAAAGCUGCUGGGCCUCGUGGCUGCUGUCGCCCAGGACGGGUUUAAUGUCACACAUGACUUGGCCAAAGCUCUGACUGAACUGAAGGACCUGAACUACUCUGACAAAUUCCGGGAGAUCUUCCUGCCAGACGGCCAGCCUUUGCUGCCUGGCAUGUUUGUGAGGCGCCUGGACCUCGCAGCCAUCUUGGAGCUGGUGGGAGCAGAAGGGGCAUCAGCCUUCUACAGCGGCAACUUGACCCAGGAGAUCAUCUCUGAGGUGCACAACUACGGCGGAGUCUUGGUGGAGGAAGACUUCAGCAAUUACAGCGUCAUAGUGGAGAAUCCUGUCCACACGGUAUAUCGAGGUCAUCUUGUUUUGACUCCUCCACCUCCACAUGCAGGUCCUGCACUGAUCACAGCACUGAACAUCCUUGAGGGCUUUAACAUCUCAAGUCAAGCAUCCAGGAAUAUCUUGCACUGGAUGGCAGAGACCUUAAAAGUAGCCCUGAGUCAAGCUAGCAACUUGGGAGACCCAUCUGAUGAUGUGUCUGUCACUCAUGCUGCAGAAGGCAUGCUGAGUAAAUCAGAAGCUAACUCCUUGCGCCAGCUGAUUAACGACUCCCAGUCCUUCUCGUCUGAUUUCCGCCUGCCGCACUUCUCUGUGGAGAGCGGACCCGCUGCCAGCCAGGUUCUUGUCAUGGGGCCUGAUGACUUCAUUGUUGUGGCUGUAAGUUCUUUGAAUCGUCCCUUUGGUAGUGGAAUAAUAACACCUUCUGGAAUCCUCCUGAACAGCCAGAUGUUGGCCUUCUCCUGGCAAAACAAAACAAUGAACCACUCCAUUCCCAGGCCGCAAAAUCUCAUUCAACCUCGGAAACGGCCCCUGUCUUUCUUGUUGCCCACCAUCGUGAGACCAUCUGAGGGGAUGUGCGGGACAUACCUGUGUCUGGGAGCUAACAACGGGGACAAAGCCUUGAGUGGCAUCGUUCAGGUUUUGGUAAAUGUUUUAGCACUUAACAAGAAUCUGAGUGAAAGUUUGUCACUUGGUCGACUUCACCCACAGCUUCAGUCCAACACCUUGCAGGUUGACAGUGAAUUUCCUGAAGAAGAUAUUGAAUGUCUUAUAGCCAGGGGCCAUGAAGUGGAUAAAGUCAAGGUGAUCUCCCUAGUUCAUGGGGCCAGGAGAACCAACAGUUUCAUCAUUGGCCUGAAGGAUCCCAGGAGCGUGGAUGCUGCUGGAGCCACAAUAUUAUAGCACCUCCCAAACAACAUACUCACUGAACAAGGCUUUAGAGAGAUCAACCCAAGUGAUGUGCAUGUUCUGAAAUGGCUGCCUCCUUCUCUCCAGAGUGAGACCACUGCAUACACACACAUAUAUCCGCACUGCUGAGUAAACUUUCUGCGUUCCCUACCCAGGAUGACACGGGGGAUUAGUGGUGCCAACAUACAUUUCUCUGUUUUUUUCUUUCUUUAAAAAAAUAUUUGAAAUGUAAGCAGCCCAGUCGUUGUUAUAGGAAUGAAGGGAGGACACUUUUCUUUUGGCAGCAUCUUAUCAUUAAUUUCAGUCUUUUCAAAAGCCCGAUUCUAACCAACAUCUUAAUUUUAAUGAGCAGGAACAUUAGCAAAGAAAACAAUGACAGGAAAAAACAGCUGCUGAUAAUACUGUAAACUUCAUCUCCGUUUCUUUCCCAAGUUCAUUCUUUGCCUGUUGUGUAAGUCAAUAAUUAAUGCAGCCUAAUGUAGUGUUUGUAGGUGCCUGUAUCUGGAAUAUCAGGGAGUCCUUUAAUGUUCUGUAUGGGCCAGCUGAUUUUUACCAGCAUGCAGCCUCCUAUGUUAGUUCCUUUUCUUACAUCACUGCAUACCUUGAAUUUUUUGAGUAAAUAUUUUGAAUCAAGUAGCUGUGCAUACUCACUGGAAGACCAAUUUUGAACCAGUCUGCCUCUUUAUUGGCGUAGACCAGCAAUUCACUGCUUUUGUUCCCAGAACAGCUGCCCCACCACACAUUUUGUAACCGGAGCAAUGGUUUUCAACUUUUUACAACUUGUGGACCCCCCCAGUAGUUUUCUUACAUUAGUCCAGCCUCCUCCGUAGUGAAUUUACGCUUAGUGGUAAUGGGCUUACUUUGCUUAGAUACUUUCUGGAGAUAUCUUUGAAAUACUACACAUACUUAUAAAAAUUCACAGACCACGGACUGAAAACCACAUGGAAACAGAUUAGGUGGAUUCAGGGCUUUCCUUACACUGCCUUAUCUCAGUCUGCUUUGAAAGCCUGAGUUGUAUAAUCCCUACAGAGAAGCUUGGGAUUUUCUGCUUACUAAAUUCAGGCCUGUACUUCAGCUCAGGUGGCUGUUAGAAAAGCUGAAGAGAAUGACAGAAAAGGUACAAUACAAAGCAAAAACUACUGAGAUAUUUUUCUGUCCACAGCAUGAAAUACAGAAUAUAAGAAUACUUCUGCAUUUCUUGACUUAAAAAAAUGAAAAAAGCACCACAUCUGUUCACUGCACCAUUUCAUUCAAUGUUUGUACAUUUCCUCCCUUUUUUAUUUUAUUUUAUUUUAUUUUAUUUUAUUUUAUUUUAUUUUAUUGUUUGUUUUUACGAGAAAGUUAGAUAGAGCCACCUGGCACUAAAAAAUCUGGAAUUUGAUCGUUUUCUGAAGUCUAAAUUGUGAUGAUUUCCUUCAUGGUGCAAACAUGUCUAUGGCCAUUGUACUUAUUAUAUAUGUAUGUCUGUUUGUUGUUGCCUUGGUCUGUCAUUUGACGCACGUUAGCCCAACCGUCUUUCUGAGGGAGCCUCUCAGACACCAAUUUGUUUGUAAUGCGCCUCCCUCACACAAGCUGCCAUUUAGCACAGGGCAUGUGUGGGUUGCUUUGAAGUGGUCAGGAAGCUACCAUAGAUAAUUGGACUAAUCGUUCCUGACACCAACCAGCUGAGCAUCUCAAAGCAUCUUAAGCUAAUUCUUGCACAUUGUGCUGAGGAGGGAGAGAGAAGUUUUUAUGCUCCUCUGAAAUGCAGCCACCCCUGAGUCAGCUACUUAGCAGAUGGGAACAUCUACAGUAUUUUCUGUUACUUAGCAUUAGUGGCCUCAGCCAACAGACAGGGCAAUUACGGUGUUAUCUGUGGGAAGUUGUACACUGUGUCACCAAACUGCCCGUAUGGCAAGAACAGGCUUUCCUCAGGAGGAGGACCUCGAAUCUGUUUAUUUUUCUGUCAUAGGCGCUAGAACUCAUCACUGCGCAUAGUUGGAACAUUCACAAAACAUUACAUGUCAUGCAGCAGACCUCCUCGGGUUUAACAGGAAGGGGAGGAUGCAUUUUUGUGUGUUGAAUCAUACUGGUGGAAAUUUGGGACUUUCUGGUAGAGGACAGCAGUGAUGUGUCCCUCAGACAUGGAGGUUUACUGGGCACCACUGCAAAAUAAAUAGUCAGGUAACUGCUGCUACAGUACUUUGCAUGAAAUAUUACAGAAUGCGUUGAAAGAUAACAUUCCUAUUUAUUCAUUCAAUUCUUUUCCCUAAUUCACUUUUGAUGCUGGAAACUGUAUACAUUUGUAAGAUAAAGACUCUGGUCUUGACUCAAAAGGUCACUUAAAAGCCCCAAGGUACAAUUUCAGAGCAAUUAAUUGGAAUCUUAAAAUAAAGCAUGUUCUUAAGUGC